CUGCCCCCUUCUCUUCUCCCGCCCCCCCACAGGCCUUGCAGGACUGCGUGGAAGAUUUGGUGCGACCGUUUCGGGACGAUGCCAUCGACCAAGUGGUUGGCAUUGAUGCCAUGGGGUUCAUUCUGGGCGCCGCUAUUGCCCUCACCCUCCGAAAGGGCUUCGUGACUAUCCGGAAAGCCGGCCACCUCUGCGUUGAGACUCGCACCCAGACCUACAGGGACUACACGGACCGUGAGAAAGUGAUGGAAAUUCGCACAGAUGCCAUCGGUCCAG